AUGUUUGUUUCAUCGCCACAGCAUGAGACCUCGAUGACUAGGGCCGACCUUAUCACUGUGGAAAAAGUGGACAGGAAAGAGAGAAAAGAUCGUGUUGGUGAUGAUACCCAGUCGGACUGGUCUGACGAGACCCCAUACGAGAGUGACCAGGAGAGCAGUGUCGCGAUUGUCGGCGAGUCUGCGUCCUUUGAAGACAUGAGCGCCUUCUAUAACAGAGUCGAUGCAUUACGGCAGAGAUUCCUGCGUUUACUCAAUGCCGUUCAGCUCCCUACACAGGCGGUUAAGAUUUUGAAGGACCUCAUGGGGACUGUGCAGCUCCUACACAGGCGGUUAAGAUUUGAAGGACCUCAUGGGGACUGUGCAGGUGAUCCGAAUACACAAGUGUUUGACGCAGCAGGAUCCAACAAGAUGGCCGAGGUCCCGAAUAUCAAAGCUAGUCUGCCUGGACUCAUCGUCCAUGAGGAAAAGCUAACUAAACUCAUUGGUAUUCCUACCGCGGAUACUAUGAUAUGGUCCUCGCGUUUUGCAGGCCCGACUGUAUUGGCAUGUCCGGGAACGUCGAUAUGGCAACUUCUCGGAGUUAUUUGCUCGGACCCUCUCACACAAGGCUUCCAGCAUGUGCGUUUGCCGAAUAAUGGCAUGAUAGUUUUCUCGCCCGGACGUCUCCAAGAUGAGGAUUCUAAGGUCGGGUUUCCUCAGAUAAGGGAUGACCUCGUGGACGCGAUCAAGAGCGAUGCUGAGGUUUCCAAGGCCCUCCUUCUGACGGUCCAGUGCAAGCUGUCGUUCUAUGCCACGAACCACGACGUCGGCCAGGGAACUUGGUCUGGUGCACUCUCGAAAUUCUUCAAGACGUACUUCGACGAGGUCAUCACCUAUGACACGCCCGUCGCCGGUGCCGUUCAUGCGUUCGCUCGCACUGUGGACACUCGACGCACCAUCACCUGGAUGUUCGGCUCUAAGAACAACAAGAACGCCACUGUGGUCUGGAGGCCUGGCCUGGGUGUGGACAUAACCGCCGAUGUCGCGCUUGGGCUCUCUGCUAACCCAGCCGGGCAUGUGAACGCCCCUGCCCAGUGA